AUGGCCUCCCCUCAAGAAAACAACACGAAACAGCAAGCGGCGCCAGAAAGAUCUGAAGUUGCGGGACAGAAAAGUUCGAUGCGACCUGUGUCUUCGGGGGAAAUCCUGCACAAAUUGUCAGCUGGAUGGAUCUUCCUGUGUGCUAAGAUCCAGAGCUUCGAAGAGUCAGAGGUCUACCUUCCAAGUGCAAUCCUUGGACAAGGACCGACGAGUCAAAAGGCACCCCAUUGCCCCUUUGCCAGCGCAUCCAGGAACUAUGAAGAUUUGGAAACAAUCUCUGACAUUGAAUCAACUACAGUAACAGAAAUAGGGGACUUGGCGCAAUCUGUUACCAAAAAGCCAUCCUGCAAUCCGUUUAUACCACUGGAAGAUGGACUCGUUCGGUCUUCAUUAUACGAGUUCUGCCAGUCAGAAUGCCUCAAAAACCUCCCUUCUGAUGAUGUCGACUUCCUCAACAAGAAAGGCUGCUUCAAAUUGCCUUCAAGGCCGCUGCUACAACAUUUCAUGCGGAAUUACUUCCUGCACAUACACCCUUCGCUCCCGAUCGUCGAUGAAGCUCGUUUCCGAGUGAUAUUCGGGAACGGAACCCAUGUUGUUCCUGAAGCACAAAGGUUAUCACUUUUCGUGCUACAGGCAAUGCUUUGCGCGAGCUGCUCUUUCUGUCCGGUGUCUCUGGCUCAGGAGUUGGGAUUUGAUGAUCUGUGCUCCGCCCGCGAUUUUUUCUAUCAAAGGGCAAAGCUUCUAUACGAUCUGGGUUAUGAGGACGAUGUUCAAUCCAAGAUCCAAGGUUGCGCACUUUUGACUUUUUACAGUGCUUCAGGCAGGCUACAUGCUGGGAGGCCUUGGUUGACGAGUGCUGUUGGACAUGCGGUGGCCAGCGGGGCACAUACAUAUGCUGCAACAGUGGAUGUAAGAGAGAUGCGAAUACAGAAAAGACUCUGGUGGUGCCUAGUUCUUCGCGACCGCGCCAUGGCCCUCGCGACCAGGAGGCCGCUUCAAAUUCAAACUCACGUAUUCGAUCCGAGGAACGAUGGCUUGGACGAAGCUGACGUCGAGGACGAGAUGCACGUCUCAGAGGUCUAUGCCGCAGGAGUAAAGAGGUUGCUGGCAGGAGUUCUUAGCCUACAGUGCUCAUUGGCAUCAGCAUUAACCGACUUAAUUAUGUUCGUCUACUCCCCCGGGCGAAUGUCCCACAGCCCAACCAACGCGAGUGACUCGCUGGAACAGACGAUGCGGAAGCUCAAGGGGAUCGAAUCAGACACAAAGGCCUGGUUUGAACGAGUGUCCAAAUUCCUGCUCUCAGUCCCUACAGCAUGUGACUCGUAUGAUAGUUGUGUCUUUCAACUGCAGGUCUGCCAGCUGUAUCACUGGGCCGGUCAAAUCGCGCUGCAACAGUACAAAAUCCUGCUUCUGGAAACCCAGCCCGAGUACGCUUGCGCAGGGGAGACCUUCCGCAAAGAAGCUGUCCAGAAGACGCUGGCAGAUUCUGUUGUGGCGUUGAACAAAAGUGUCCGGGCUUACGCAUUGCGUGGCAGCCCAUGCUCCCUACCAAUAGAAGUGAUGCUUUGCUGCGCGCAACCUCUCCUGCUUUACGUACUCGACAGUCAACUGGCUGUUCGAGGGCACCAAAAAGGGUCGUCCAUGUAUCCGAUGCAUAUCCUCGAAUCAUUGAAGCUUUGUGGACGGUCAUCAUCAAGCACAAUCGACCUCUCAUAUUUCAUUCUGGAGGCAGUAAAGCGUGCUCGGCCUUCGCUUGAAGGGCUUACUGAUCAUCUUGGAGAACCCGCAAUGUGGACGUGGACACAACCCGGCUAUCCCAGUUCGACAGAGAGCCAUCGGAGCGCAACCAUGGUACCGACACAAACGAGUUUCGACGCUAAGCCUAGACAGAUAGUCGAAGCGGCACAGGCAACGAGUAUCGAGGACUGGCAAUCAUUGCUCGCGCAUCAUCCACGGGUAUUCCUACACGUAAUCUUCUCACUCGAAAUGGCCAUCCAGAGAGGCCACUUUCCAAAGGCGACCGAUCUUCCUUUAGCCAUUUGUCAGCGAAGAAGCGCAUCCAACCCCAAUCCUCCUCCUUCACGGCCAUCAUCCCCUCCAGCGAAUUUGGGCUCGAAUAUUUCCUGUUCUCACGGUAUUCCAGAAGUCUUCACCACUGACGAAAGCGCUGGAGCCCUCACCCCACCCGAACGACCAUAUGUGUCAGAUACAAACCAGACACCGGUAUUACCUGAUUUACAAAUGACCGUGAAUCUUGACUUUGUCGAUCUUGAGGGCUUCGACGCAAUGGACUUUGACAAAACAUUGGAUCCGGUCCCCCAGCAUGGCUGGCCCUCGGGAAUGAACUCGGGAUUGGAAGAGACGUUUUUCUUGGCCUGA